CUGACUCUCCUCCACACACAGCUUGGGCUGUGGUACCAGUCCUCUUGAGAGGGGUUGGACUCUCUUCCACUCUGGAGUAGCCCACGGUGGGAGGUUGCCCACGGUGAGAGGCGCCGAGCAGGUGUGGGUAUACUUAUUGCCCCCCCGGCCCGGCGCCUGUAUGUUGGGGUUCACCAAUUAGAGCCCGAGCGGUGUUCUGUUAUGGGACUUCUGUGCUCAUCACGGAUUGUCCAUAACGAACACAUGUUCAAGCAUAAGGGUGUCCACACGUGCACUUGGCACCAGGACACCCUAGGUCGCAGUUCGAUGAUCGACUGUGGUCGUGUCAUCGGACUUGCGGCCGCAUGUCUUGGACAAGUUCAAGGCCAGGGACAAGGGAGGACCACGGAUGUCUCCCGUGUCUCACAGAUCCUCACCAGAUUUGUGAGGCUGAAAAUACACACACACAAGGUGGUCUAUUUUAGUGAGUGUUAACUCCUGGCCGCUGGCGGGAUUACCUGGGACACAGGACCCAUUAACGUCACUUGCUGUCUCAACUUCCUUACUUCUGCUUGUUUCACUUGACCAAAGACUUGUUUUUUUUUGUUUGUUUGUUUUGCUAUUUACCUUGCCCUUUUUCCACUGCACUGUACCUUGCUCACCAAUGGCAGCAUGAUUCAACAAUAUCUUGCAAGUCUGCCUCACAGUCCGGGUUCGAAUCUGGAAUUUGCUCGCGCUCCCUGCGCUUGCAUGGGUUUUCCCUGGGUACUUCCUCCCACAUUCCAAAAACAUGCAUGUUAAAUUCAUUGAAGAUUAAACUGUAAAUACUGUAAGUGCAUGAGUAUGAAUGGUUGUUUUUCAAUAUCUGCUCUGCGAUUGACUGUCGACCAAUCCAGGUUGUACGCACUCACGCCAAUGCAGCUGGAGUUGACUUCUGUGACAGUAAGAGGACAAACAUCCCUUGAAAAAGUGCCUACUCUAAACUUCCCACAAAAUAAGAAGCCUUCAAUUGUAGAAAAUGUCUUGCUGAGAUUAAGAUUGGGGUGGAAUCCAGCCUCUGAUUAAUUGACUGAUCAAUGUUUCUGUCCAUAUUAUGUUCAGUGUGUGUGUAGAGGUGUCUGAGAGAGGCUGUUAUGUAAUCCACCGCAGUCUGUGGGGUCACAGAAGCGCGACUUUAUGAAAUAUUAAUGACGAAACGGAGUGCUUCAUAAAUGUUAAUGGAUAGACAUGUGAGAGCCCUGAGAGGCGUCGAGGAGAGUACGGAGUGAAAGUAAGAGGAAUCGGGCACAGAAUAAUAUUUUUGCCACAGCAGACCCUCGUAGCUUCAAUGAUUUUUUUCAUGUAUGUAUGUUUUUAAUAGGUUAUUUAUGCCUAAACUAUUGUCUGAUGAUUACAGGUUCUAGCGCGGCCUGUGAUUAAAAAAAAAAAAAAAAAAAACACCCUCUUUUACACAGAGAACCCACAAAUUUACCACAUCAGAGCUGUAACUGCCUCUUACACAGCAACCUGGCAUCCCGCUGUCAGAUGAUGCGUGAUUAAAAUAUGGUACGGUGGGCGACUGGUUAGAGCGUCUGCAUCACAGUUCUGAGCACCGGGGUUCAAUCCCCGGCCCCGCCUGUGUGGAGUUUGCAUGUUCUCCCCGUGCCUGCGUGGGUUUUCUCCGGGCACUCCGGUUUCCUUCCACAUCCCAAAAACAUGCAUGGUAGGUUAAUUGACAACUCUAAAUUGCCCGUAAGUGUGAAUGUUAGUGCAAAUGGUUGUUUGUUUAUAAGUGCCCUGCGAUUGGCUGGUGACUGGUUCAGGGUGUACCCCGCCUCCUGCCUGAUGAUAGCUGGGAUAGGCUCCAGCACGCCCGCGACCCUAGUGAGGAGAAGCGGCUCAGAAAAUGGAUGGAUGGUGACAAUUGCUUUCAAGACAACAGGAUGGGAAGUGCUUGUCAGGGAUGGUUAAAGGGAGCGUUUGCCCAUACUACUGAUUCAUCAGCCAACCGAUGGGGAUUUCACGAGGAGCUCCGACGACCACCUCUGCCGCCUGUCCGCCCACCUACACCUGCGGCCUCCCCCUCAACCCCGCCCAGUCCCUCCAGCCCUCUAUACGCAAGAUGACUCUGGAAUUCACCAAAUGGUCUUCUAUAUGGAUUUUUACCCCCUGUAAUAGACAAAAACAAAAGUAAGACGAGAGCUUGAAACGACCUCGAUGACCAAUAAGCCAUAAACGCGCACACAUGCACGCACGCACACACACGCAUGCACACACACUCUCCAUGCACAUACCACAUGCAUGCAUCAAAAAAGAAAAUUGCACAAACUUUGAAUGUUCAGUGCCCUCUUUCUGUGAAAAUUUAGCUGCUUUUAAAAUUGUUAUUUAGGGGAUUUUCAGCAGUGGGAAGGCUCUAUUUUAUUUUUCUUCCAACCGAGGAGUGCGGCGGCUUUUAGGCAUGUCACAGUGUCGUGAAGGUGACAUUUUUAGUAAUUUUCCUUGAUUACCUUCAACUGCCUCCAAAAGAGAUUAAUGUUGGUUAAUGUUUUUAUUACAACACAUUAAGUUUUGUUUGUAAAGUAUCCAUCUAACUAAUUGUAAGCAGAUUAAUAGAGAAGGUUUGUCAACUAUAAUUUAGUUUUAAAGUGAGCUCGAGUGGGACACUUUUCGGAUCAGCACUCGCCCCCCCCCCACCCGUGGUGUGCAUGCACCCGCCCGCCAUGCCUCCCCAGAGCACGGGCGCUGACGCCAUGCAGGUGGGAUCACUGGUUGCCGGCGUGGAGGCCAAAACGGAGGAGAAAAAGGACGCGGACGGUUCAGCGGGAGCGGGGAGCCGCCCCGGCAAAGACGGCAGCGAGGAGUUUGUGAGCGAGGGGUCCAUCGAGGGCAUCCCCCUGAAGAGAUGGGUGAUGCACGGCGCCAUCAUGUUCGGCCGGGAGUUCUGCUACGCCAUGGAGACUGCGCUGGUGACGCCUGUGCUGCUGCAGAUCGGUCUUCCAGAACAGUACAACAGCUUGACGUGGUUCCUCAGCCCCGUCCUGGGCCUUAUAUUCACCCCGCUGAUCGGCUCAGCCAGCGACCGCUGCUCCCUGCGCUGGGGCCGCCGGAGGCCUUUCAUCCUGGCCCUGUGCAUUGGGACACUGAUCGGAGUGGCGCUCUUCCUGAACGGAUCGCUCAUAGGACUGUCAAUGGGUGAUGUUCCGGGGAGACAGCCGAUAGGAAUCGUUCUCACAGUGUUGGGAGUGGUGGUGUUGGAUUUCAGUGCCGAUGCCACAGAGGGACCGAUUAGAGCGUACCUUUUGGACGUGGCCAACACAGAGGACCAGGACAUGGCACUCAACAUCCACGCCGCCUCGGCAGGUCUUGGCGGCGCGGUGGGCUACGCUCUGGGCGGUCUUAACUGGACACACACCUUCCUAGGAGCCAUCUUCAAGUCUCAGGAGCAGAUUCUGUUCUGCUUCGCCUCCAUCUUCUUCUCUGUGUCUGUGGUGCUGCAUCUGCUCAGCAUUGACGAACAGCGCUACAUACCCAUACAUGACCGGCUGGACCGGGAGAGUCCAGAUCCAAGCACCCUGCAUCCUUCAGCCAAUAACGACACCGGACAUCUCACCCCGAGGCUCAAAAUGAUUGGUGAGGACGAAUUGAUGGACAGCUUCGACCUUUACAAUGCCUACAGGGACGAUCUGUCCGAGCCUGGGGACAUGGAGAUGGACUUCCUAGAGGUGGAGCUUGUGAGGAGUAAAAGCGACAGCGUCCUCGCCAUGACAGACACCACCCUGGACCACAACGCCUUGUUCCUGUGCCACAUCGAGCCGUCCAUCUUCCCCGACCGCCUCUCGCCCUAUCACAGCUCGCCCCCGGCACCCCCGCACCUCCUGCGUGCCAACCCUAGCAUGCCAGCUUCCCGGCUGGCCAGCGUGCGGCGCAGCAGCAGCGCGGGGAGUCAGGAUCUGCUGCGCCCCCAAAGCAGCAGCCACCCCCCAAAACAAGAUGGCAGCCCCACCAAGAUUUGCCGCCUCUCGGCAUUCUUGCAGGAGAUGGAGAAUGACGAGGGCCAAGAGGCGUUACUCAACAACCAGAUGAAUGAGCAGCGCGCGCUGAACGGACGCCUGUUGGCGUGCAUUGACGCGACAAAAACACACAGCGCCAAUGGGCUGAGCACCAAAGGACAGGUGCAUCGGGCCGGAAUGGUCAAAGCUGCCAGUACCGGUGCUCCCAUGCGGCUGUCCCGGCACCAUCACACCUACCGUCAGCCAUCUUGCACGUUCUCCUACUACGGCCGCGUGGGCAGCCACUGCCGCCGCUACCGGCGGGCCAAUGCCACCUUCCUCAUCAAGUUGUCGCACAGCAUGAACGACCUAUACGAGGUGGAGGCGCGACAUAGGCGCCGAAGCCGCCAGCGCGACCGCCACCGCAGCAGCAACACCAACUCUUCCAGUGGCGACGCCGAGAGCGAGGACGGCGAGGUGGAGACCACCGUGCGGCUGCUGUGGCUCUCUAUGCUGAAGAUGCCGCCCGAGUUGCUGCGCCUGUGCGCCUGUCACCUGCUCACCUGGUUCUCCAUCAUCGCUGAGGCCGUCUUCUUCACCGACUUCAUGGGACAAGUCAUCUACCACGGAGAUCCCACUGCUCCCGUUAACUCCACCGAUUCGACUAAUUAUCACCGAGGCGUUCAGAUGGGAUGUUGGGGUCUUGUUAUAUACGCCAUGACUGCUGCUACAUGCUCAGCUCUCCUUCAAAAGUACCUGGAUAACUUUGACUUGAGCAUCAAGGUCAUAUACAUCCUGGGAACAUUUGGAUUCUCGAUAGGAACUGCUAUCAUGGCCAUAUUCCCCAAUGUGUAUGUUGCCAUGGUGAUGAUCAGCAGCAUGGGCAUCAUCUCCAUGAGUAUCUCCUAUUGUCCGUACGCCCUGCUGGGACAGUACCACGAAAUGAAACGGUACAUCCAUCACAGUCCCGGGAGUUCCCGGAGGGGAUUUGGCAUCGACUGUGCCAUCUUGUCCUGCCAAGUGUACAUCAGUCAAAUCCUAGUGGCCUCAGCUUUGGGUUCCGUCGUGGAAGCGGUCGGCAGCGUACGCGUCAUUCCCAUUGUGGCCUCUGGGGGCUCUCUGUUGGGAUUUUUCACUGCCUGCUUUCUGGUCAUUUAUCCCUCUCACAGAGGGGAGGCAGGAUCGUCCAAAACGUCAGAGAAACAGGCGUUAACCAAGCUGGAAAAUCCCAGUGAAAGAGUGCAGGAAAAAAACAGCUUCUUGAAACUCAACAAAGCUGGAAAGGCCACCACCACCACCACCGCUGCCGCCACCACUUCCUGUAACAUGGAGAAUGAAUCUGUCCUGUGAUUGACCAUGAGUAAAGCAAGGCGCAAUCAUCAUCAUAAUAAUCCUUUUGUUCCGGGAUUACUCCGUCCUAUUCCCAAUGUGAGUACUCGGCAGGUAAAAAAUAUCGGGGAUGGUCGCCAGUCUGCCUCUCAGGGCCUCUAAGGGACUAUGCCUGGACAGGAAACCUCAGGGGGACUGUUCACAAACACACACACACAUACACACACACGCGUUUCUGACCACCUCGAAGCUGCAAUCGUUGACAACAACAAAAAUGUCGUUCUUCCUAGCCGUGGACGGAAAUGUUUUGUUCUGUUGAAGCUUUAUGACUCUCUACGAACUUUCAUACUUGAAAACAAGAGCCCGAAGCCUGCUUGUGGGUCAAAAACACAACAAAGAAUAAGAUUGAGAAUAAUAUGGCAACCCCAAAAUUGACUGCAAAGGAUCUCCAAAUCUUGUCAUUCCAGGACAACAAAAGAGAAACAUCGAGCAUGAGCAUAGAGCUGACUGUAGAUUAAGAUAUCCUUUAUUGACCCCCAGAGGGAAAAUUCAGGAAUAAGUGAAAUUCCAGAAUAGACAGUCUUCACACAUAUGAAACAAAUAUACAUAGCAUAAACAGGGCAUUAUUAUCCCAAAUAUUUCUUUGCAUGACCUCUUGAGAUAGUCUGACAAAAUGCUGCAUGUUAGCAGAGGAGUUUUUCCUCACUUUUCUGCUGCUUGUUUGCUUUUAUGACACAAUAGCUCUUACUAAUAACUAACUGCACAUCAGCUGAGCUGCAUCAGCGGAAAUUAUUUUUUCUUAAUGAGCCUUUCUGAGAUAUUUAUGAAGCCACACAUUGCUGGGAUUCCACUGGGGGAAAAAAACCCCAAAAAACGACACCCAAAAAUAGGGGAAAUGAGAAAAUUGUCGCUGUAGAAAAACAUCUGCAAAUAUAUUUUUCUUUUUGAUUGUAUGAAAACUUUUUGACAUUUUACGACUAUGAUUUAUGAUGCAUUAUACUGUAUAUCUUAAAUAUAUAUCUAUCCAUCCAUCCAUUUUCUGAGCCGCUUCUCCUCACUAGGGUCGCGGGCAUGCUGGAGCCUAUCCCAGCUGUCAUCGGGCAGGAGGCAGGGUACACCCUGAACUGGUUGCCAGCCAAUCGCAGGGCACAUACAAACAAACAACCAUUCACACUCACAGUCACACCUAUUGGCAAUUUAGAGUCUCCAAUUAAUGCAUGUUUUUGGGAUGUGGGAGGAAACCGGAGUGCCCGGAGAAAACCCACGCAGGCACGGGGAGAACAUGCAAACUCCACACAGGCGGGGCCGGGGAUUGAACCCGGGUCCUCAGAACUGUGAGGCUGACGCUCUAACCGGUCGGUAUAAAAACAAAGAUGGUCAUCAGAAAAACAAAAACAUAUUAAUAACCCUCCUGUUAUGUUCAUUUCUCAGCAAUAAUUCCUGAGUCAGUUUGACCCAGGGGAUGUGUAAUACCCAAAAAAUCUCAAGAAACUGUUUAGUUUAUCACAGCGGAUACUUUUCAGAACCACCAAUAAACAUCUGCGACAUAGCAAGACUCUUUUAAAAAAAAAUAAAUAAUAAUAAUAAUAAUUUCUAUAGUUUUACCCCUUUCGCACACUUUUAAACUUAUAAGACAAACUUGUUAAAACACACUUUUAAAGUAUUCUUAGGCUGGAGGCUAUUAUAUAACAUCACUUUAAGGAAACGAAAACACGGCAACACGUGCUUGCUUCAAGUUGUUCAUUUGUCAUCCCCAGUUGAAGUUUACUGUAAAACUGACGCACAAAACAAGAGUAACAAAAGUCCACUACCGUAAUGCUAACGCACAAUGUCAAAUGCCAUAGACGGGCUUGUGGAAAUUAGCAUAGAUGUUACGAUAAUUCUAAACCUUCAAACAACUGCGACUUUACCACACACGCAGCAGCAACACAUACAGAGCAUCAAACAAUACCCACAGGCGUAUAUUCUCUCUGCUUUGUGGGCACUACAACUAUGACUACAAUUGGUUGGGAACCUUCUCCGCAUCUUCAUGCUGUUCAUUAUGUCACAUCACUUCCAGUAGACCUCAGUGCUGCCAGGUCGUGUAAACUCCAAUUUCAGGCUUGUCUUUGUACUGUAAAAACAGCCCCCAAAAAUCUCUUGGAAAUCCAUGAGUUAGCGGAGGAACACUAUAGCUACGUUAAUAACCAUAAUGAAUUUCUUUCAUAGCUAUAAUUUCACAAUUUGAAUUGUAUUUCUUUAACACGGGUCAAUUUGACCUGCCACGUAACAGUGAAUGCAGCAUGCUCUUCUCGAAGCUGCGUUUCCCCGAUUCCAAGGUGCCGACUUGCUGACAUUUGAGGAAGUCAAAUGCGUGACUUGACCGUUUAACAUCCGAGUGAUCUUGCGUGUGCUGGAUUCAAACACAAUUGCUGAUGGGAAGCAUGCAAAUAAGAUGAACAUGAACUUCUCAGAAUGCUUAAGUUCAUUUGAAAAUGUCUCCACUGUCAACAAUGCUGGACGAACACACUUCAACUUAAGAAAUGUUUGGUGGUAUAAUUUUGUUUUCUGACCAAUCAGGCGAGAGGAAAACAACGCAAGUAAAUGGCAGACAAUGUUAUUUACAUUCGUAAAUGUGCUCUUGUUGUGGUACUUGAAAAGUGAUGUUCAAACAGUUGUUGGAGAAAAACAACCAGGGUAUGUCUUGUUUCAAAGCUUUUUUUUUAAUCACAAGGGGCAAUAAAAUAUUCAGCAAUUAAAAUAAAAAAACAAAGGAGCUGCGCAAAAGCCGAAAUAUUUUCAUUCGUAAAAUUCCGCCUCUGUUUUUUGUAGUCAUGCUAACUAACAACAAAAAAAGAAGACUUCUUUGGUGGCGGUAACAUAAUAUAUUUUAGAUGUAGGAGGUUUUUGUGUGACAUAUGCAUAGCGCAACACCAAAGUUUUGUUGUUGUUGUUGUUGUUUUUUUUUAUGAUGUCUCAUACAGUACAUCCAACGCUUGGCUGCUGCACAAAACUUUGUAUGAACGAGUGUAAGGGCCACACUGAAAAAAAAUACAUUUAAAAAAUGACUCAAAAAAAUGGCUGAAUGUUGUAAGGAUACAGCUAUUAAAGUUGUAAAAUUACAUGAGUACAGUAAUACUAUUAAAAAAGAACAUAAUAUACAAAACAUAAUAAGAGUAGCAUUUUAUCCUUGUAAUAUUGUCACUUUAUUCAUCUGAAAUAAAAAUAAAAAAAAUAAUACAGCACCACAGUUUCUUUUCUUGUAAUAUUACAACUUUCAUUUCACAUUGGCCUUGUAACAUUACGACAUUAUUCUAAAAUUAUGAUGAUUCUUGUAUUUUUUAGUCUCAUAAAAUAGCUUUUUUUCUAAGUUAGUCUCAAAAAAAUAUUUUUCCUCAGAAUAUUACAUUUUUCAAAAAAAAAAAUAAAAAAAAGUAUCAUACAGUUGUUUUUUUUAUUGUAGUAUAUUAUUCUCUGAAAAUUAAGUUUUUGGACAAUUACAAUUUUAUCUCAUAUGACAUUCCAAUUGAAGUUUUCUAAUAAAUUAAAUCUUGUAAUAUUUACAUAAUAAUAAUUAUAAUACUUGGCAUAAAAUUAAAUGUUUCUUGUAAUAUUACAAUAUUUUUCUCUAAUAUUACAAUGAUUUUGACAUGAAACAAAAAAUCUUAUUGAUGAUUUAAAAUUUUCUUGUAAUAACAUUCUCAAAAACUUUUAUUGUAAUAUUACACCUUUUGUGAAUCCUAGUAAUAUUUUUGUCUCCUCAUAUUACAACUUUUUCCCCCUUGUAAAAUUCUAAAAUUCUAUUCUCGUCAUGAAAUGACGUUAUUAUGGUUGUAUUACAAUGCCUUUUAUUUAUUUAUUUUUUCCUUCCCUUCCCCAAUUCUCGUAAAUUUACCCCAUAGUAUUGGGACUUUAUUCCCAUAAUUAUGACUUAAUCCUGGUACAGUAGUUCUAUCACUUUUCUCGUAGUCGUAUUUGUUGUUUUUUCAGUGUCCCCCUAAGACUCCUUUGUAUUAUUGAAUAAAAGUAAGCCGAAGCGUCAGUGUGGGUCAGUAAGUGCAUGUGACUUCAAAGAGAAAUCAAAAUAAAGCUGUGUCUCAGGCCUGUUGCGUUCCAAAGAUAUUUGGCGCACGAUGCGCUGACUCACUCGUUGUUACAAACUUGAGCGUCCCAUUUAUUUAUCUUGUUGCUUUCUGCCGUCGACUCUGGAAUGUUACAAUGCUUGAGUUCUGACUUUGGGUGACAUCAGUAAUAGGUCACACGUUGAUGAAUGUUAAGUGAUUUCAAAGGUAAUUCUUUUUGUUUGUUUGGAUGUUUUGCGACGGGGUCUGUCCAACAUUGCACAACUUUUUGCACAUGAAAAUGUCAAGAAAAAAAAUAACUGAGGAUAUUUAUUGUUUAGCUUCCCUCACAUGAAAUUUCUUAAGGUGAAAUCUAUUCGGGAGAUGUGUAUGAGCAGUUGGGAGUACAGUGGAUAUAAAAAGUCUACACACCCUUGUACAAAUGUCAGGUGACAUUUAAAAAAAAAAAAAAAGGAGCCCAAGAUAAAUCAGUUCACUUUAUCCCAGCAUUAAUGUGACCUAUAACCUGUACAACUCAAUUGAAAAGAAAAUAGUUUUGUUUUUUUUCGAAAAUGUGGCGCACCCUCUUGAAACUGGGGAUGUGGCUGUGGUUAGAAUUAACCAAUCACAUUCCUACUCAUGUUAAAUAGGAGUUAGAACACACCUACCACCCUUUCAAGUGCCUCUGUUUAACCCCAAAUCAAGUUCAGCUGUUAUAGUAGGCUUUUUAUAUUUAUCUUGGUCGUUUAUUUUUUUGUGUGUCACAAAAACCUGGCAUUUGAACAAGUGUGUGUCGACGUUAUUUCCUGUGUGUGUGUGUGUGUGUGUGUUCAGUUCACAGUUGCUGACACACAAAAGGCAAAUGUGCUCUGUGUUUGCUGUUCUCACCUGGUUUCCACCUUGCAAGUCAUUAUCCUUUCCAUUGGGAUGGUUCCACUUUUUAUUUUAAUGUAUUUUAUUUCAUUUCAAAUGGUUUUGUCUUUUAUUUUUCCAUUUAAUUUGUUCGGUGUUUUUUUAUUUUUAUUUUACUUUUAAAUUUCAAUUUUUUGGUUUUUUAUUUUUUUUUUAAAUGCUUUUAAAUUCAUUUUUAAAUGCUAUUUUGUUUUUUGUUAUUAUUAUAGUUAUUUAGCUUUGAUUUUUAUUUUGUUUUAUUAAAUCUGUUUUAUUUGGGCUCUUUUAGUUUUGUUUUAUGGAGCUUUAUUUUCUUUAUUUUAAUUUACUUUAUCCUACUUUAUUUCUCAUUUUUAUUUGAUUGUAAUCUUGGGUCAGAGCCACACACGACAGAGUUUUCACUGCCCGUGGAAGCCAUGUUUGGUCCACCGUCCAGCUCUCCAGUCGCCAUGGCGAUGACCCCUGGAUCACGUGUGGCUCCAUGUAAAGAGGAGUAAGAUGCCUGUAUACAGUAUAUUAAAAUAUCUAUACAUAUGCAUUAAUAUAUAAGAAAUGAAAUGAAAUGACUUAAAGAAUGGGAAAGCAAGUGUAUAUGCCUUGUGAUUUAAAAACAGUUGUAAAUAUGCUUCAUUUUUCUCUUAGUUUUUUUUUUCUUUUUUGCUGCUAUGAAAAAAGAUGAUUAUUUUUGGUAGUGGUUUUGUUCUCUCUAUAAAAAAGAAUGAAUGUGCGUGUGUAUAUAUAUAUAUGUUGUACUUAUGCUAGAGCCUUCAUAUGUGCAUACAAGGACUCUGGAUGAACCAUGUAUGGAACGCACCUUAAAAAAAAAAAUAAAAAAAAAGAAAUCUAAAAGACAAACCAACAA